AUGGAGGGUGCAGAGGGAGACGCCCCUCAGAAUGGCAAGGCCGCUCCGAGCAGCGAUGGCCUGCCAGCUGGUGCGGACGGCUCCUCGAAGAGGAAAAGGGAGGGUACGAAUGGCGACCAACAGGGUCAGCCUAGCAAGAAGCAGCAAGCCGAAGCUGUUGCUUCGACGUCGGCGCUCUCUGCUACCUCAGUUGAAGAGCUUGAGAUCAACUCUCCGGCCGACUUCCAUGUCCACCUUCGACAAGGCCCUAUGUCUGAGCUGAUCGCACCUCACGUAGCUCAGGGAGGAGUCUCUUUGGCAUACGUAAUGCCCAACUUGGUCCCGCCGAUCACGACGACGCAGAUGGCAGUCGAAUAUCACAAGUCUCUGAAGGCCCUCGCCCCUCAGACGGACUUCUGGAUGACUCUGUAUCUUUCCCCUAGCUUGACGGCAGAGGAGAUCAAGACGGCAAAGGAAAGUGGAGUGGUCAAGGGUGUGAAGAGCUACCCGAGGGGAGUGACGACGAACAGUGAUGGAGGUAUCGAAAACUACGAGACGUACUAUCCAGUGUUCGAGGCUAUGCAGGAGCACGAUCUUGUGUUGAAUCUGCACGGCGAGGUUCCCAGCGACGCAGACAAGGACAUCACUAUUCUUAAUGCCGAAGCCACCUUCCUCUCUCACUUGCACAAGAUCCACGCCCGCUUCCCUAAUCUGCGGAUCGUCUUGGAGCAUGCCACUACUCGAGCCGCCGUCGAAGCAGUGAAAGCCUGUGGAUCCACUGUUGCCUGCUCCAUCACUCCUCACCACCUUGAUCUGAUCAUCGACGACUGGGCUGGCAAGCCCCUCAACUUCUGCAAGCCCGUCGCCAAGACUCCCGACGACCGGAGAGCUCUACGCGAGGUGAUUGCCUCGGGCCAUGAGCGCUUCUUCCUGGGAUCGGAUAGUGCGCCUCACCCUCUAGCGAACAAGUAUCCAUCUGCCGCUACUCACGGCGGAGCAGAAGCUCUGAUUGGAUGCGGGUGUGCGGCUGGAGUAUACACGUCGAUCAUUCUUAUCCCACUCUGCGCUCACCUCCUCGAGUCCUUUGGCGCACUAGACAAGCUCGAGGGCUUCGUCUCGUCGCACGGCAGGCGCUUUUACAAGGCGCCGUUGAGCUCUACGAGUCAGAAGUUGAAGCUGAAGAGGAGUGCGGUGGAGGGAGAGGAGGGAAAGGUGCCGGUGGUGUGUGUUCACCCUGAUUAUCGGGAGGUGGGAGAUGAGAGGAAGGACAAGGUGCAGGUGGUGCCCUUUUGGGCGGGCAAGAAGCUGGGUUGGACCAUCGCAGAGUGA